GUGGGUCAUUUAGAGCGCAAUUUCAAACAUGAGCGCCUGGUGCUUAGCCUCUGCUUUUUGGAGAUCAGGAUUCCACAGAUGCGUAUUACCGCGAAAUAUUCCGCACACUUUAUCUAUAUCCAAUAAGAUUUUGGGAAAUCAACCGCUUGCAUACCCAUGUCUAACUCAAACACGGUCGAUAAAAAUUCUGCUGUCUAAACCUGAGGUGGAAAGUAAAGUAUUAGCUGUCUGUUCUGCGUUCGAUAAAAUCCAGUCCGAUAAGCUUACGCUUGAUUCUUCGUUUAUCAAAGAUCUCGGUCUUGAUAGUCUGGACCACAUAGAAGUAAUAAUGGAAAUCGAAAAUGAAUUCCGGUUUGAAAUAAGUGAUGUGGACGCCGAAAAAUUGCACACACCUCGUGAUAUUGUGGAACUUGUGUAUCAUUCAAUUAAAAAAGCAGAACCUGCAAAUUAAGAUACUGGUGACAUAUUAAAACACUUAUAAUUAUUACUAAAAACACUCUAGACCAUAUAUUAUUUGUAGAUAUUGUUCUCCUGAACACGCUACUUUUCAAUUUAUGAAGGGUGCUUGGGCUCAUAGAAGAAUGUUGCUAUCUUUCUCCAGAACCUUAUCAUAUUAUAUCAUUAGGUCUUCAAUUGAAGUUGUCUCAUAGUAAUAUAUAUUUCAAUGUAUAAGGGAAAUCAGAAGUUUGGUUAUGUUAACUGUACAAAUACUGUCUUAACAUUCGUUGCGCGUAAUGAUGAGAUUUUUUGUUUCAAAUAUGGAUAUGAAACAAAGUUAUGGUUAAUAUACGCUUUGUCGUGAUUAGGUGAAUGAGCCUGUAUUAAAAACAAAUUUGAAAAGAAUACAACUUUC